GUGUUUCUACCUGGCAACGUCGCUGCCCCAAACCGUAUUCCACAGGCCACGCUGGCUGCGCAUCAAGCCGAGGACGCGCCCGGAGGCGGGAUGCUCGCGGCCGGCGAGAUCGCCGAGGCGCCGGCUGUCCCGGUGAGAUGUCUGGGGAGGGAACAAGAUGAGGUGGCACAGACCUCCCGGCAGAGUGCUGCCCUGAAAAUGGUGAUGAAAGGAAGAACAUCGAAGAAAAAAAUGACAUAAAUAUGAUAGUUCUUGUUGGAAGUGAACAAGUAAGUGAAGGUACAGAUAAUGGUGAUCUCUCUUCCUAUGUGUCUGCAUUCAUAGAAAAGGAAGUUGGAACUGACCUUAAAUCUUUAAAGAAACUUGAUAAACUCAUAGAACAGAUGACAGAAAGUAAAAUGCAGUUAGAAGAACAGGUGUUUACAAUUUCAUCAGAAAUCCCUAAAAGAAUUCAGAGUGCUUUAAAAAAUGCAGAAGAAUCAAAGCAAUCCCUUAAUCAGCUUCUGGAGCAAGAAAAUUAUCUCUUUAGCUCCAUUAAUAGCCAUUUGCUGACUGCACAGCCCUGGAUGGAAGAUCUUGGCUCCAUGAUUAACCAAAUAGAAGAGAUUGAACGGCAUCUCGCCUACCUAAAAUGGAUUUCACAAAUUGAAGAACUAAGUGAUAAUAUUCAGCAGUAUCUGAUGACCAAUAAUGUACCAGAAGCAGCCUCAACUCUGGUGUUUAUGGCAGAACUUGACAUCAAGCUUCAGGAGUCUUCCUGUACUCAUCUUCUUGGUUUCAUGAGAGCCACUGUUAAAUUCUGGCAUAAAAUUCUCAAGGACAAGCUUACUAGUGAUUUUGAAGAAAUAUUAGCACAGCUUCAUUGGCCAUUCAUUGGACCCCCUCAGUCUCAAACUGGCUUAAGUCGACCAGCCAGUGCUCUGGAAAUAUAUGGUAACCUGGAGACACUAUUUUGUCAGCUUCUGAAACUACAAACCUCAGAUGUAUUACUGACUGAGCCAAAACAACUCCCAGAAAAAUACUCUCUUCCUGCCUCCCCUUCUAUCAUCCUGCCCAUCCAGAUUAUGCUGACUCCCCUUCAGAAGAGGUUCAGAUAUCACUUCAGAGGGAACCGACAGACUAACCUCAUAAGCAAGCCUGAGUGGUACCUGGCUCAGGUACUUAUGUGGAUUGGAAAUCACACUCAAUUUCUGGAUGAGAAGAUUCAGCCAAUUUUAGACAAAGUAGGCUCUUCAGUAAAUGCAAGGCUUGAAUUUUCUCGGGGCCUUAUGAUGCUGGUUCUUGAGAAGUUAGCUACUGAUAUUCCUUCUCUGCUCUAUGAUGACAAUCUCUUCUGUCACUUGGUGGAUGAGGUGCUUCUGUUUGAGAGGGAACUACAUAGUGUAUAUUACUAUCCUAGCACUUUUGCCAGUUGUAUGCAUAUUCUAUCAGAGGAAACAUGUUUUCAGAGAUGGUUGACUGUGGAAAGAAAAUUUGCUCUUCAAAAAAUGGACUCAAUGCUUUCAUCAGAAGCUGCCUGGGUAUCUCAAUAUAAGGAUAUCACUGAUGUGGAUGAAAUGAAAGUUCCAGACUGUGCAGAAACUUUUAUGACUCUACUCUUGGUUAUAACUGACAGGUACAAAAACCUUCCCACAGCUUCCCGAAAGCUGCAGUUCCUGGAGUUACAGAAGGACUUAGUAGAUGAUUUUAGGAUACGAUUAACUCAGGUGAUGAAAGAAGAGACUAGAGCUUCCCUUGGCUUUCGAUACUGUGCAAUUCUUAAUGCUGUUAACUACAUCGCAACAGUACUAGCAGAUUGGGCUGACAAUGUUUUCUUUCUACAGCUUCAACAGGCAGCAUUAGAGGUCUUUGCAGAGAGUAAUACUCUCAGUAAACUACAGCUGGGACAACUAGCCUCUAUGGAGAGCUCGGUCUUUGAUGACAUGAUUAACCUCUUAGAGCGCUUAAAGCAUGACAUGUUAGCCCGUCAGGUAGACCAUGUUUUUAGAGAAGUUAAAGAUGCUGCAAAAUUGUAUAAAAAAGAAAGGUGGCUGUCCUUGCCAUCUCAGUCAGAGCAGGCAGUCAUGUCCUUGUCCAGUUCGGCUUGUCCCUUAUUGCUUACAAUACGAGACCGUUUACUUCAAUUGGAGCAGCAGCUUUGUUUCUCCUUAUUUAAAAUUUUCUGGCAAAUGCUUGUAGAGAAGCUGGAUAUAUACAUCUACCAAGAAAUAAUUCUUGCUAAUCACUUCAAUGAAGGAGGAGCAGCUCAGUUGCAGUUUGAUAUGACUCGGAAUCUUUUCCCUUUGUUUUCCCAUUAUUGCAAGAGACCAGAAAAUUAUUUUAAGCAUGUGAAAGAAGCCUGUAUUAUCUUGAAUUUGAACAUUGGUUCUGCCCUACUUCUGAAAGAUGUACUACAGUCAGCUUCAGGGCAACCUCCUGCCACAGCAGCAUUAAAUGAAGUUGGAAUAUACAAACUGGCUCAACAAGAUGUUGAGAUUCUACUUAAUCUGAGGACAAACUGGCCUAAUACUGGAAGAUAAUGCAAGUCUUUAAGGGAAGUCUUUUGUGUUUGUUUGUUUGUUGAACAAAGAGGAAGCCAACUGGAUUUCAAGAUAUACGAUGAAGUUCUAUAUUAAUGGAACUGCACAACUAAAACUUUCACAGAAUCAUUUAUUAUCUUGGACUUAAGGUGUUAUUAAAAUGCCGACCAUAUUUCAUGAGUCCUCCUGUUCCUAAGAAAACAAAAACAUAAAACUCAGAAAUUAUGAAAACUCAGAAUAAUUCUAUUUACAAAUAUAAAUGCUGAGUCUGUUGGAAAAAAUACAAAAGUAUAGAUAAUAAAUUAUAACCAACUUUCAGUUUCCUGUACUAAUUAAAAGAAACUCUGUCAGUAAUAUAUAGUGAAUAAAUUAAAAAAAUGAUUUUAGAAUCAUGUAUCUGGUAUGGGAAUUCACUGUAUUUAUAUAAGAAAACACAGAAUGAAAAUGAUAACUAAGGUAGAAUUGCUCUUCAUUUGUCAGAAAAGUUGUCUCAUUUAAAAUAUUUCCUAGUUCCAUUCCAUGUGAUAGUAGGCAACAUUUUCUUUCUGGAUGAAACAUUUCAGGCCAGAGCAAUCUGCCUCACCCUUUCUUCUGGGAUACAGAAUGUAAAUUUUUUUUU